AUGGGCACCACCACCCUUGUACAAUGCUUUCGAGAACAAGUCAACCUUCUACGGCUAGCAGAAACGAUGAUUUCUAGUCUAUUUACGCCGAGCAAUAACUUCAGUGGAGCAAGCCGGAAAUCUCUACGGGAUUCCUCAAACCUCGCUCUCAGCCGUUGGCAUGCAUUACUGCCCGGCUUCGUGCAAUGGAACAAAUGGGAGCCUACAAGCAAGCCACUUCUUCCGAGCGUUGCAGCAUUACAUGUACGGAUCGUGCUCAAUUCGGAGGCAUGCCGAGGUACAUACAUGGGCGGAGACUCCGAAAAUGCGCGUGCCAUGUGUCUGUCUUCUGCACAAGAUAUCAUAUCGAUCGUCAGAAAAUACCGAAGUAGCUAUGGGCUCAAGCACACGCCAUUCAUUUUUAUUUAUGGAAUUGUGCAGGCCCUGAGGACUUCCCAGGCCAUCGGUAUCGCGCAGGAAUCCAAUUACCUCAUCAACAUCUUGGAAGAAUCAUCUGCAACGUGGGAUCUUGCGAGGCAUAUUCGAGUCAACUUGUAA